AUGGCAAUAUUCGAACUCCUUGCCUACAUUGUGGACCAGCCUGCCCCGAAAUUGCCUCGGUUCUGUUUUUCCGAUGGCCUCAUUGACCUGGUCGACGCGUGUUUGCGCAGCUCUCCAAGCGAACGGCCUUCACUGGAGGCCUUGCUGAAUCACCCUUUUGUGACUACCGUUGCCGGUGCAUGUCCCACCGGCAAAGUUCAUCGCCAAAGCACGGUGUAUGACAUACGUGAUGGGUUUGGUGGCGUCAGUGAGGAAACAGAUCCCAUCAAUAUUGAACGAUACUUAUUAGCCAUUCUACCUCCACUACCACCUGAGGAAUGUAGUGGGUGA